AUGAACGGGCCCAAGAAGCCCAAGUCAGUUACACCUCCACAAUCAAUGGUGUCUGCCGUUUGUCUCAAGCACAAUGUCAACGGUUCUGCCCAAGAUCCUCCGUCUAUCGCUGAGAAGCAGACGGUUGACGUAGCGCAGUUCACGGCAGCGACGGCGCAGCUCAGCAACAAUUUCUCGUCACUCCCGCCGAGUUUGCGGGCUGCAGCAGUUAAGAUUGAACAUAUAAGCAUUAUGCGUCUCUCGCUCUCGCUCCUGUGGGCGGCGGCGGCGGUGUGCUCAGCCGAGUCCAGGAGAUCUGGAUCCGCAAAUGCUCAGUGUCUCGGGAAACUGGUGGUGGAUCUGCUGACAGAAAUCCGCGAUGGUUUCGGAUGCCACGCAGGGACAAGAUGCCCCCCCAGUUUCCACGACGCCGACGGAACCUGCCUCUACCUCGACAAAACCCGCUACAGCUCCUGGAUCGCCGCCCGCCAAGUUUGCUUCAACAUGGGCGCCGACUUGGCCGUGUUCGCCGAUGCCAACGCCUUCGCCUCCGCUCUACGGUACAUAAACGGCGUCGUGGACAGGGACGCAGAUGAGGUUCCUUACAUCUACGUAGGAGGCUCAGACGAGGACGAGGAGGGGGCUUGGCGCUGGCACACGGGGCAGCUCAUGCCCGGCGGCGCGCCCUUCUGGGGCUCUUCUCUGACGCCCGGGUUCAGCAGCCAGCCAGACGGGGGGCGGCUUCAGAACUGCGCGGCGCUGAACAAAAUGGACUCGUAUUACCUUCACGACGGGGAAUGCGACUUGCUUGCCUCGGCCCUCUGUCAGUUUUAGUCCGAGUGGAGUGGAGAGAAGAAAAAAAAAAAAAAAAAAUCGGGU